AGCAAAACAAACUUUGGCGCGUUUGUGAGCUGAGAAACGGAAGCGGAGUUACGCUAGUGGAGCGGAGAAGAGGAGAAGAGGAGAAGAGGAGAAGGAGAGAGGACAGCAAACUGUUUUUUAUCAAAACUACCAAAAAAGUCAACUUUGUUUCGAGUGACACCGAAUGUAGCCGCAGGUCCUCGACAACAGCAAGAGCCAGAAGCUGCUGUCAGUGUCAGCCGAGGAGGAGAUGAAGCGGAGAGAGACACAGGGACGCUUUUCAUCACAAACAUGACGGCCAUACAUGGACAUGGAGUAAGGACGGCCUGACGCCUCCCCCUCACUCUCCAACACAAAGCUUCUGUCUCUCCACCGCCGACACGAUUACUACUGCCCCACAGACCUGGACCAGAGCAACAGAGAGAGAGAGAGAGAGUGAAACACAGGGGCAGAUAGAGGCAGAAUCAGAGAGGAUAGAACAGCAAGCAAAAGCAAAAACGUGAGAGAGAGACAGAGGAAGAGGGAGGCUGCACAUCCAUAAUCUCCACAGCCGAGAAACACUUAGAGGGAGGGAGGCAACACGGGCGAUUCUGUCUAUCUGGCAACUUCAGGAACCAUCAUCACAAUUUAAUAAGAAUUUGAAAGGCUGCGGCGCUGCAACAAAUCAGUCUUCAGAGGGAGAGACGGCGGGCGAGAGAGCUAGAGACAGACAGAGAGAGAGAGAGAAGAGGCUGCAGCGAGGUGAAGGCUAGACGACCGUGUUUUAACGCUUUCAUACCUGGAUUUAUAUCCUUCUGCUUUUUUGUUGCCAAGUCCCAGCAGCAAUAAACCUGCGAGUGCAAUAUGAGAGAGUAACUAUUAUUAUUUUACACAUAUUCCGCUCGUCUACGACUGCUGAGGUUUCUAAGAAAUUAUGUUGUUCCACCAGGAGAGUCUGAGUGUUGGAGUGCAGCUGCCUGUUAUUUAGGACGAGACGACUGACGCUCGGCUGAAGUUUGUCAGGACAAAAAAAAAACCAGGAAAUCUCCCAGUGAAGUGUUACUUUUUACUACUUGCAGGCAAAGAAGAGGGCUGUUUUUUUUUAUUUUAGAGGGCAACAGGACUUCCUGCCCCACCCACCAGAACGAAGCCGGAAACUCAUCAAAACAAAAGACGGGUCACACACCUGUCCGAUGCAUCAACGUUCCCGCUCCUUUACGGUGUUUUUUUCAUGGCUUGACACCUAACUGCCAUCUGACCCCUCCCUCCGCCCCUCCUCCCCCUUCCUCCCCCCUCAACAUGUCCGACCACCUCCUCUCUCGCUGCCAGUCAGGGCAGGAAGAACACUGAGCGAGGAUAGAGUUAAGGCAUUUCCCUCACAUCCAUUAGCUCCGGCCUCCCCAGAGGACAGGUCUCGACUCUCUCAGGUGGGACGUGCUGAUGCAAGAUGGCGGCCGGCGUGGCGACGUGGCUGCCGUUUGCGCGGGCUGCCGCGGUGGGAUGGCUGCCGCUGGCCAAGAAGACGAUGCCCAAACCUCCCGUGGACAACACGUCCAGAUCAGAUGAGAUCCUGUACGUCAACGUGAGCGGGGUCAGGUUUCAGACAUGGAAGAACACUUUGGACCGGUACCCCGACACGCUGCUGGGCUCUUCAGAAAAGGAGUUUUUCUACAACGAGGACACGCAGGAAUACUUCUUCGACCGAGACCCCGAGAUGUUCCGGCACAUUCUGAACUUUUACCGGACCGGGAAGCUCCACUACCCUCGACACGAGUGCAUCCAGGCCUUCGACGAAGAGCUGGCCUUCUACGGGAUCGUCCCGGAGAUCAUCGGAGACUGCUGCAUGGAGGAAUACCGAGACAGGAAAAAGGAGAACCAGGAGCGUCUGGCCGAGGACACGGAGGCUAACGAGGGGAUGGACGCCCCCCUUCCUCCAAACAGCACCUCCAGGGAGCGGCUGUGGCGAGCCUUUGAGAACCCCCACACCUCCACCAUGGCGCUGGUCUUCUAUUACGUCACCGGCUUCUUUAUCGCCGUCUCUGUCAUCGCCAACGUGGUGGAGACGGUCCCGUGCCGGCCUCCCAAAGGCAGCGUCAAAGACCUUCCCUGCGGGGAGAAAUACCAGCUGGCCUUCUUCUGCAUGGACACGGCCUGCGUGCUCAUCUUCACCUUCGAGUACCUGAUGCGCCUGUUCGCCGCGCCCAGCCGCUGCAAGUUCAUGCGCUCGGUGAUGUCGGUGAUCGACGUGGUGGCCAUCAUGCCCUAUUACAUCGGCCUGGUGAUGCCAGAGAACGAGGACGUGAGCGGCGCCUUCGUCACCCUCCGGGUUUUCCGCGUCUUCCGGAUCUUCAAGUUCUCGCGUCACUCGCAGGGUUUGAGGAUUUUGGGCUACACGCUGAAGAGCUGCGCCUCCGAGCUCGGCUUCCUGCUCUUCUCCCUCACCAUGGCCAUCAUCAUCUUCGCCACUGUCAUGUUCUACGCCGAGAAGGGCACCAAGGGCUCCACCUUCACCUCCAUCCCGGCCUCCUUCUGGUACACCAUCGUCACCAUGACAACGCUGGGGUACGGCGACAUGGUUCCGAACACCAUCGCGGGGAAGAUCUUCGGCUCGAUCUGCUCUCUCAGCGGCGUGCUGGUGAUCGCCCUGCCGGUGCCGGUCAUCGUGUCCAACUUCAGCCGAAUCUACCACCAGAACCAGAGAGCGGACAAGAUGAGAGCGCAGCAGAAAGUGCGCUUGGCUCGGAUCCGCAUGGCGAAGAAAGGAACAGCCAACGCCUUCCUCCAGUACAAAGAAGACCGAUCACUGGGGGACCACGACAGCGACAGCACGGCUCUGUGUGUGAAGAACCGAUCAGCGUUCGAGCAUCAACACAACCACCUGCUGCACUGUCUGGAGAAGACGACGAACCACGAGUUCACCAACGAGAUCACCUACAGCGAGCUGUGUAUGACGGAGUCGGUGGGCUACAGGACCAGUCGCAGCACCUCCCUGUCCAGCCAGCAGGGGGCGCAGAACAAUUCCACCGGCUGCUGCCCUCGCCGGGCCCGGAGGAGAGCCGCCAUGAGACUGGCCAACUCCACGGUGUCCGUGAGCCGGGGCAGCGUCCAGGAGCUGGACACGCUGCACAUCAAAACCACCUCCAUACCACCACAAACUCGCUCCAGUCUGAACGCUCAGACGGGCGACCUGAAGCUGAACUGCGGGGAACAAGAUUUCACCGCUGCCAUCAUCAGCAUCCCCACGCCGCCCGCCAACACGCCUGACGAGAGCCUCCCCCCGUCGCCUGCCCCCAUACCCGGCAUCCUGCGCAACACCCGGGCCACCGCCUACACCCAUGACACUGUCAAGAUCUCCUCCUUAUAACCUCCGACCACGCCCACGACUUCCCCCAGAACUCCGACCCCGCCGCCCCACCAGCCAACCUCCCCAUGAAAACUGAACUACUUCUGAACUUCUGAUCCUGAACCCAGGGCACUGCAAGCCGAGAUCUCGGGGACAAAUACGACUCAGACGGAUUCUUUGAGUGUGAGAUUAUUGAGAUUCUUCUCUCACUCCUCUCACCAUGUUGUGGAUUACUAGAAAGAACAUAAAUUGAGAGAAACUGGCUUUAAUGCGAGACGACUGGAGCUGUGAAAUCAAGCAAAAAAUCUAAUCAAUUGAAAAGGAACAAUAACUUCCUGACGACCGUCCCGAGCCCCUCAUGCAUUUUAGACCCCAACAUGCACUUUCCUCCCUGCACACUUUUAACCUUUUGGAUCUGAUUGCACAAACCCCAGGAGGGUUCAUCCUGGUCAAACAAGGGAAAAGAUGCCAAGACUCCCAAAGAGUGACAUUCAGCACCCCGAGACCAAGCAACAGCUUUGUUGUUUCGCUGGGUCUGUUUCUGUGUCCGAGUAAUGAAUCUGUGGAGAACAGCGUCCAACAAGUCAGUGUAAAGCUGCCGAUGGACGGAGUGAUCUUAUUAAGAAAGGAACUGAUGGACUGCCGGCUGAUGGAGGAUCACUAGACUCAGCUGGUUUACUGCAAACUCUUCUGUGACAGAUGCUAUCUGUUGACAACCAAACAACCCUCAUGGACAUGGCGAUGAAAGUUUGAUUAUUAUGGUUGAUGGUUGUUGUUGGUGAUGACGGUCAGGCCAACAACGCUCAAACACACAGAGAGGAUUUUGACUGGAAUGUUUCCUUUCUUUGCAGGAUCAGACUGACUGCAGCGUGACGCUGCUCAGCUGAGUGUCGUGUUGGACCUCUUUUGCUUGAAAGGUAAAGGUUGUGAUGGGACUUUCAGGUGAGAAGCCGUUUAGGAGCAUGUAAGGAUGAUCUCAUCACUGACUCUUUACUUCAGGUCACAUUUUAAGAAACGUCAAGAAAUCAUGAGCAAGAACUCUUAAGUCCAGUUUGAAAAGGUGAAAAACGAUGAAAGUCUCUCGUAUCGAUCGAGACGCUGCUGGACUCGAACUCACAAACUGAACUCAACUGACUGAUCUAUGCUGAGCCUGAAUACUGUUCACACAACUACACUGAGCUGAUCUUAAUGUGGAGGAGCAGAACCGAGCCGGUCUGAGCAGCGCCGGGCUCACCUGGUUUUCUUGAUGGGACUGUGGCGAGGAUUGAAUAUGGGAUCCUGAACUGGAUGAAUGCGGUCUGAUGUGGACUGGUCUGGUUCUGGCUGUAGCUCAGAAGUACUUGUCAGUGUGACGCCCAGACGAAACGGAAGCCUUUUACUUUACAAAAUAUGCAACAUUACAACAAGCAGGAAAAUAGCAUCAACAAAUGAACAGAAUAAUAAUUAUAACAAUAAUAAUGUGUGUGUUAUAAAACUACAGUAAUUAUUGCAGGGAACAUUAUGUAAAGCAACUAAGAAAUUCAUUUGUUACGUGAUCUUUUCAGCGAGAGAGAGAACACAAGUAUUCUGCAAUAGAUUAAAAUGGGACGAAGAAACGCGACAGCAGGAAACUCUUCAGUGUUUAAACAGUUCUCGUCCUGAUGACGUGCACUCUGCGAGGGAAACGGCUGUUUUCAACACGUUCGUCAAGACGGUAAAGACCCAAAAUAUGUUUGUGCAAAAUACACAGAAAGAUCCAGAUACAAUAGAUACACAAAAUGAAACCAACACAGAAUAUUUUUUCUCUGAAGUCCUCAAAUCUUUUGCAUCAAACUCAGCUUUAAUUAACUUUGAUCGUCAAACAGUGAAAACACGUCCUAACUGCUGAGAUUAGCUCCAGAUUAGCUGGCCAACGUGUUAGCAUCACAGAGAUCCUAGCACAGCAUUUAUCAACAUGGUCUCACUCCCAGCUCGUCCGACCCAGUCUCCACCAGAACCACCACUGCGGACACAGAUCACGGAUCUCCGCUCGGCUCCGUGGAGAAUAUUCAAAAUAAAAGCUUGUGUGCCAACUUGGGCUCUGCAGCACAACUCAGUCAGAAAUAUUAACAAUGAACACAAAUACAACUGACAAAUAACAAAACAAACAGCAGGAGCACAAAGAUGAUGAAAUAAACAGAAUGUGAGCAGAUCGACAACAGACACGGUACAGACAAGGGCUUCACGCACUGAUGCGUUAUAUACAAGGUCUGGUUAGACUUUCAAAAUAAAGUGUUCUGAAUAAUCCAAGUGUGAUCCAUGUUGUCAAACAGUGGCGGCUUUGCUAAAAACUACUUUGUCAGGUUAUGAAAACAUCAUUAUAUGUUUUAAUCUAACCAGCAUAAGUUACGUACAUGACAUCGCUUACAUCUUUUACACAUAUGUUUGCUUACCUACGUUACGUCAAUUAAGAGCAAGUGAGUCUAGAGUCACAAACAGGAUGUGAACUCUGGUCUCCCACCCCGACUGUCCCCAUACUCAGACUUCCUCUCUCAUGUCUACGACGGCACCAGAGUGACAAACCGACUCUAGAGGUCCACGGUACCGACAGUGUCCAACCUUAAAGCCUCGUGCUGUUCACCAUGCUGCUGUAUUCGGCGUGUCGGGAGUGAGAACAGGCUGAUACCACAAGGAUGCACUGGAGGACUUUGCUGUGCCGUCUGAGCUGUGAAUCUAUAUGAGACGACUCCAAUGAAAUUACUGCCAAAGACAAAUGGCUUUCACCUUAAAAUCACCAAAGUAACCCGACUGAUGCAGAGACGUCACCUCAGUCGAGUCCCAGACGCAGAUUAAAAUCUAAACGAGUGCACGUCGUGUUUCUGCUGAAGCGUUUCCUCGACCAAUCAGAAGCGAGUGUGAGCGAGCGACACGCGGGCAGGAGACAAGACGUACAUACUGUAACAUAUUUUGUAUCAUAAACUUUCACCUGCAUCUUCCAAUCAAAAUCCUCAAACCAAAAGAAAAAAACAAGAAAAAAAGACAAAAAAAGCUAGAGAUGAGAGUCGGCGGGAGUCUGACCGGCGUUCCUCCGUGCAUGAGCCUCGUACAGUAGAAGUAGCACUACUGAUCAUAGGAACUUAUCAACCAUAUCAGAGAAAAAAAAUGAUAGAAAAAAAAACACAACACAAUGGGGGAAAAAAUCUCAUCCGUUCUUUUGCAUGACGAGUCCUGUUUUAUUUUCCUCUCCUAUCAGUCAUUGGUUUGUUUUCCUCAUCCGACCCCGAACUUUUCAAGACGAGUGUUUGCACCACCGAGAAGUGUACGUUAGAUUACUGAGAAGAAACAAAACAGAUUAUAUAAAUGAGUUCAAAAGGAAAAAAAAACAAAAACAUUCAGGCAUGUUCCUCGCCAGAAUGCAAAGUGUGUGUGUGUGUGAACGGGCGGGUGUGUUUGUGUGUUUGUACGAAUGUGUGUGUGUGUGUUUGUAUGAUGAGCAGUCACAAAUAUGCAUGGAUACCGUUAUAGGUAUUUUAUCUGUUUUCUCCUGCAGUUUAAAGAGAGACGACUGACCGACUGUCUGUCCACCGACUCUCACUGAGACUCUGUUUGUUCUCUGCUGUUUCUAUGUUUUCACCUGGUUGUGUAGCCGUGACUCCCGGCUGACCUCGCUCCCCUCCGCAAAUUAUUAUUGGUUAAGUGUCAAAAUUCAUUAUUUAUUUAAGGGACAAAUACUUCUGUGCAUGAUAACAUUAUUAAUUUGUAUCCCAAUGAUGAACAGUUAAAACAGUUAAAACUGUCGUGUUGAAGGCUGGAAGGGACAAAAGUUCAUUCAUCAGGGACUGUAACAUUUUUGUUAAUGUAGUUUAAAUUAUGAUUAUUAAUGAUCAGUUUUGGGAAAGUUACUUUUAAAAUACAAUAUAUUACCUGAUGCUAGUUUAUAUCAUGUUACAAUAUUAUUGUCCACGUAGAGUAAAUGACUUAUUACACUACUCUUUAUUUACUCUGAACAAAAUGCCAAAAUCAACUGUACAGAACAACGAUCCAGCUGAGAUCUGUGUGAAGUGAGCAGACAGGAUCAGUCUGAUAUAUGAUGAGAUACCGUAAGAACAAAUGUCUUUAAUUUUAGACUCAGUCAUGUGAAACACUACAGACCUAAACCUUCGAUAAUGUGGCCUGUAGUGACCCGACAAGACAAACAUCUUCUCUGCCUUUUAUUUCAGUCCACAGAACAUCAACACACGGUGGAUUCAAAGAUGUAAAUUAAAGUGUGUUCAGAGAAUCAGGCUUCAUCAUCAGCUGUCACUGCUAAAAGAAAUAUAUUACUUUAACACGGUGCUUGUAUAUUACUGAGUAAUGUUUUACUGCCCAGCACUGAUAAUAACUUGUUCACUUUCUCUGGGCCUUCAUCAUUUCAUCCUCACCAUCAUCAGUGAGUUUGUUCAGGUGCUGUUAAAUGUUUGAGUUUAUGUUAUAAUGCACAUUUUUAGAAUCCUUUAUCGUUGUAUAUUUGGCUUAAAGUUAGUUGAUUCAUAAGCAGUCCCAGACUUUGAAAAAAUUAACUGAAUACAUUCACGCUCAUUAUUAGUUGUUAUAACUUAAUUUAAAAAUGUCAGAAUUAUUGUUUCAUGUUUGAUUAAUGAAUUUCUGUCCCAUGUGGGCUUCCAUACACAGUUCGUUCAUCAACCUGCAGUUUUAACUUUAAUCUUCUGCGUCAUGAACCUGGUUGUAGAAUUUAAUUAGUUUUAAAUCACUGAAUUCUCCAGAAAAUGACUUUGAGAAUUGAUUUUAAAUGAGUUACUCUUGUAAUAUUUUCAGACUUUUGCUGAGAAUCCAUCCUGAGAGAAGUGAUGUUAAAGUGUGACGUUUAGUGUUUGUUGAGGUUGUUUGCACACGUCUGCUGAAGAUAAAUUAACAGAUGAGCAACAUUUUAAGCAUAUUCUGAAGAAAUGCACAGUUUUGUGCAGUAAAAUUAGAUUUACCUGAGGAGCCUUCAGGGCCGGGAACCACAGCUCCUAACAGAUAUUCCAGUCGUGAAACUGUUUUCCACCUCAAACAGGAAGUUAAGUUGCUCUUAAUUUGUCCAACAGCUGUUUUAUUUGAUUUUUAUCUGCCUGAGUUGUUAAAGCAUCUGUCCUGUCAGAAGUUCUGCACAUCAGUUUCCUGCUGAGGAGACGGCAGGUAGAUGAAUCAUGUUGAGGUGACGAGCAGCAGUUUGUCUCCUGGUGGACAGUCAGUCUCUGUUUGUGUGCAGCGGUGAAUGAAAGAAGGAGAAAACAGCAUUAAAGCACAGAGGUGUAUAUUCCAUUCCACUAAUAAAGACAACAGAAACCAGAA